UUAUCCGUUUGCAGGUUCCGAUAUGCAUGGCAGUCGAUUCCUCCGUGUCCUCCGUGUCCUCUGUGUUCUCCGUGUCCUCUGUGUUCUCCGUGUUAGACGCUGACUCCGCAUUCUUUGUUCUCUGUCAUGGAGGAAAUCACGGCGACGGUACUGGUAACGGGGGCGUCCGGUUACGUGGCCAACCACGUGGUUAAGGUGCUCCUGGAGCACGGUUACAAGGUGCGGGGGAGCGUGAGGAGCAAGGAGAGUUCCAAGGCCAAGGCCCUUUAUUCCCUGGCCGGGGAGGCCUUUGAGGACCAGCUGGAACUCGUGGAGGCGGAUCUCUUCAACGAUGAGUCGUGGAUUUCACCUGUAAAGUACGAUUCUAUGACACUCCAACUCCUCCUCUCCUCCUCCCCCCCUCAAACUCCACCCUUCCCUACCCCUCCUCCCUCCCCCUCACCCUGCAUCGCCGCCGAGGCCUUCGCCAAGAAGGGGGAGGGGGGGAGGGGGAGGGGGAUCACAGUCCUCCGUGAAAGGGGAUCCCUUCACACCCCAUUCGACUGUCACCCCUUUCACAUCCUACUCGACUGCCAUCCCUUUCACAUACCCUCGACUGCCGUCCCACCCUCCGUCCCCGUGUACCGCCGUCUCAUCGCGGUGUCCUUCGUAGGGAAGUUGACGACGCCGGAGAAGGGGAUGCUGACGGAGGAGGACUGGACGGACACGACGGACCCCAAGUGCGAUGGCUACUACAAGAGCAAGACCCUCGCCGAGAAGGCCGCUUGGGACUUCGUCAAAACCACUCAGGAAGGGAAUAAGUUUGAGCUGGCGACAAUCAACCCGUCCCUGGUAUUGGGGCCUCUUCUGACGAAGACCGCAGGCGAUGCCACCUCCCCCCAGGUGACCCACACCCUCCCCGCCCCUCGAUUCCUCCGACCGUCAGCUUGCAACUUUUCCCCCCAGAUCCUGAAGAGCGUGCUGACGAGGGAGUUCCCGUUGUGUCCACGGCUGGCCCUGCAGAUCUGCGACGUGCGGGACGUGGCGCUAGCGCACCUCAAGGCGAUGACCACGCCCGAGGCCAAGGGGCAUCGGCACAUCGUCUACACCGGGUCCAUCUGGAUGCAGGACUUCGCAAAGAUCCUCCACGACGAGUUCGCACAGUACGGUUACAAGCCGCCGACGGGCGCGAUGCCGAAAUGGGUCGCGUGGAUGGCGUCCUGCGUGGAAAAGCAAAUGAAGCGCUUCAUCUAUCCCCGAUGGGGCCAGGAACUUCACUACGAUAACUCCCGCCUACGAAAUGUUUUGAAAAUCGAGCCAACCGAGAUCAAGAGGAGUGUGAUUGACAUGGGUCACAACCUCAUCCAAAAUGGAAUUGUGCACAAGACCUCCAAGGAAUUAAUUGAGAACACGUUAGCAGCCAAGCCUCAGAAGUUGUCUGCAACUGAGCAUGGGCAACUCACAGAACUCCUUGUGCAGAAACAAGAGCAGCUCCAGGCCACCCUCAAGGUGGCAAAGGAGCAAGCUGGGAUCAGGGAGAAGAUGCUGCUGCUGCAGGCCGAGGUCGAGAGGCAGGACCAGGAGAUCCGUCUCCUGCAGAAACACCUGAAGGAUGCUGAGCAGCUCUUGGCAACAGCCAUCUAUCAAGCCAAGCAGAAGCUUGCUUCCAUCAACAGGGGGAGCAAACGCCCUGUGAACUCAGAAGAUCUCAUCAAAUAUGCACACCGAAUCAGUUCCACAAAUGCAGUUGCUGCACCUCUCAACUGGCAACAGGGGGAUCCUCGACGCCCCUACCCUACUGACAUUGAGAUGCGGUUGGGUUUUCUGGGCCGUCUGAGUGACCUCCCCAUCAGUGGGGCGGGUCUCCUCAAGUCCCAGGCAUCCAUUCCAGAUGGCAAUAUCCCACCUAAGCCCCAUCCACCACAUCAUCCAGAUCUGCCUGUAUCAACACCAGGACCAGGUGGUUACCCUUGGCACCCAGACCUUCAUGUGACUGCAGGGGGACUUCCACCAGGUCAAGGGCAGGGCCAUCCCCUCCCAGACAAGGCCCACAAGGACAACGUUGAGGAUGUUGAGGUCAUGUCCACUGACUCCUCCUCUUCCUCCUCCUCUGACUCGCACGGAAGCAGUCGACUGACGGAUGUGGGAGUGCUGGAGCGGGUGCAGGAGUGGGAACACCCUGCACACCCACGGGCACCCCUCUCCUCAGAGCAGCGUGAUGCCAUUCUCGAACUCACCUCAAUAUCUGGCACCCGUCCCUUCCCACCUAAUUUGCCGAUGGAGGAUAGUCAGGUGCAGGUGCCUGCGACACCACUGUCACCAGAGCCACGGAGCCCUGGAGUGUCCAUCUCCUCAGAGUCGGGUUUUGUCACCUCUUUUGCAGAUUUUGAACUUGGUGAUCGCACCAUUGACAAUGCUCAAGAGCGGCCCGAUCGACUGUUGACACCUACCACUAGCAUACCGAUAAAACGCCUUAGGGUUCUUCUUACAUUCCAUCACAUAUGUUACAAUGCCCUACAGUUCCUAACAUGGUAUGGAGAAGUUGAGAAGGAGAUGGUGGAGGAGGAGGAUGCAGCACAUGGGGAAUAUGUGGAGGCCUUGGGGCGCCAGAGGGACGGAUGCCAAGCACUGCUUGAUGAGGUCCAGCUUGCCCUCGACCAGCUUCUUUCUCUCUCCACGCAAUACGACUUUGUCUCCAACAAGACAAACUCCUUACACCAGGCCUGCGAGCAUCUCGUUGCUGAUCAGAUGGAGCUGAGCCGGCAUGCAGAGACAAUUGAGUCUCGGCUGCGAUACUUUGAGGAGUUGGAUGAGAUAGUGCAACGCCUCAGCUCUCCAACACUCUCCGUCCACAACGAUGCCUUCGUCCCCACUCUCACAAAGCUAGAUCAGUGCAUCAGCUAUAUGCAAGCUCAUCCAAAAUUCAAGGAGUCAGGGAUAUACCUGGCCAAGUUCCGUGCCUGCCAGACCAAGGCACUGGAGCUGAUCCGGACAUACGUGACAGCUACGUUGCGAGCAACCAGGGAGCGGGUGGCCCCACCAAAGGACACAAUCCUUGACCUUGACACAGCCUUCACCCCAUUCUAUGGGAAGUUUCGUGCCCAUGCCCCCAAGAUCAAGGACCUCAUGCAUGAGAUUGAGCAACGUUCCGACGACAAUGACCAGUACAAGGAACUGGUGCGAGAGUGCCAUGAAUGUUUUGUUCUUCAACGAGAGUGGCUCCUCACCCCUGUGGUGAGGGCAAAGCUCAACCAGCUUGUCGCAUCCCAUCCAAAGGACCAGUGUGGGCUGGUGCGGAGUGGGUGUGGGACUUUGGCCCACCUCUGCCAGGAUGAGACCAACCUCUUUUUCCAAUUUUUCAGCAAGGAGAGUGAGAUCUUUGAGAAGUUCCUGGAUGGUCAGUGCACACUUUUGUAUGAUGUCCUCCGGCCAAUGUUUGUCCAUAUCCGGCACCUAGAGACACUGGCUGAACUCUGCUCCAUCCUCCGCUCCGAGAUAAUCCAUGAACAUGUCCGCACCUCCCCGGUGGCUAUGACAGCGUUUGAAAUGGUUGUGGUGCAGAUGCUACAGGACAUCCAGGAACGACUGGUCUAUUGCUCACACAUCUACAUCCAGUCUGACAUCCUUGGCUACAACCCAGCCCCAGGUGACCUUGCCUACCCAGAGAAGCUGGAGAUGAUGCAGAGCAUAGCAGAGAGCCUGGUACGUGAGGAGCAGGAGAAGGAGGCAAUGCUUCGUGGAUCCUCUGUGUCUGCUGAGAAUGAUCAUCCAUCCCUGAAUGGCAUGAGCACUCCUGUUUAUCGCCCUGCCUCAGGAGCCUCCACCCCUCGAUCCAAGACUGGAAACUCACCUGCAGACUUGCAUGGGAUGUGGUACCCGACAGUGCGGCGGACAAUUGUGAUGCUGUCCAAGCUCUACCGCUGUCUUGACAAGGCCACCUUCCAGGGGAUAUCCCAGGAGGCAUUGCAGUUCUGUGUCCAAAGCCUAUCUAAUGCUGGUUCCCAGAUUGCCCAGCGCAGGAGCAUCAUAGAUGCACAGCUGUUCCAGAUCAAGCACCUGCUGAUCCUUCGGGAGCAGAUCGCUCCAUUCCACGUUGAGUUUGCUGUCAAGGAGACGAGCCUGGACUUUUCCAAAGUCAAAACUGCAGCUCUGGGUCUACUGCAAAAGCGGGGUCAGCUGUUCACUCUGGGCUCAAACAACGCAAUCCUAGAAUUUCUCCUCGAGGGGACCCCUGAAGUGCACGAGUACCUUCUGGACUCCAAGAAAGAGGUGGACCAGCGCCUCAAGCGAGGGUGUGAGGCGUUCAUUGACACCGUCUCCCGCAUCCUGCUUGCACCUGUCCAUGCUUUAUUUGAAAAGUUGAUGGUCCACCGAGCAGCAUCACCCAAAGACCGCAGCUCGAGUCCCCACAUCAUUCAGAACCAGACAAAGAGUGAAGGUGAGGGAAGCUGGCGGGGGGAAGCAUGGGCGCAUCCCCAGGAGGUGCACAAGGUGGUUGCCGAUGGACAGGCCCUCCUCAAGUCCCAGGUUCCAGCCAUCCUCAAAAGCCUAAAGCUUUACCUUGCUAACCGUGACACCGAGAUGAUCCUGUUCCGACCUGUUCGGAGCAACGUGGUGAGCGCAUACCAGCAGUUGCACAACGUGAUCGGAGGGAACUACAACGAGGAGGAACAGAGGCAGAUCGAGUGUCCAACCCAGGAAGAAGUGAAUCAGUUCAUAUCCUCCUUCCUCUCCUGAUCUUCUCAGGCGGUGGCGGUCGUGAGUAAACGCAUAAUCUACUUUCAUCACUUGGGUGCCUUGGGGAUUCCACCGGGUGAAAUCUGAUUUUAAAAAUUGUCGGAGUGGGAGACUCUGUGAAGGGGAAUAUAACAUAUAUUAUUAUUCUUGUUAGCCUGUAUUGUUAUGAGUAAAAAGAUCUGUGAUUUA